AGAAACCCAAAUAGCUUGUCCUAGCCUACUUCAUAUACCACCCAAUUCUUUUUCCCUCCAUUUGUCAUUAUUAUAUAUCAAUCAAAUUCAGCUGCUUUGGAUCUUGAAAUCCAAUUCUUAGAUCCCUGGAAACACAGAAACAGAAGAGAUCUCAUUUUCAUAUAUCGUUUUUGGGCUUCAAGAUGCAAACUCAAAACUACGACCAAAUCUCUCAAAAAUCUUCCCAAAUUACCAAACAUGAAGAUAGAUUCUUCACUCGAGCCCUAUCCAAGGAGCUCAAUUCCACCACCAACUCCUCUUUUCGAGUCUAUUACGGCGGCGCCACUGGUGCUAUUCCCUUCCGGUGGGAGUCCCGACCGGGAACCCCAAAGCAUACUUUUUCAGACACUUCAAUCCCUCCUCUUACUCCUCCUCCGUCUUACUUUUCCUCUUCACAUUCUACUUCCAAAGCCUCUUCCAAACCAACCCUUUUGAGCUCGAUUUUUCCUCGCCUUACACCAAGGAAAUCUCGAACUUUCCCAUCUUUCUCCUCCUCUUCUGGCUCCUCUUCCUCAUCCUCUUCAUUAGCUUCAUGGUCAUCCUCUUUCUCAUCGUCCUCCUCAUCUCCCUCUCCUUUCGUUAGACCUAAAUUCUUCAAACGUCGUCGUCACUUCUCGGAUAUUCCAAGCUUACCGUUUGAGUAUACUUUUGACGAUAAAGACGGAGACGAGGUGGUGGCCGGGAGUACUGCUCCGAAUUCUCCUACUUCAAUUUUGUGCUUUGGUGGUGGUUCUUCAGGCAGAGCUUCAUUGUUUGGAGGUUGUUAUCAGUUAGUGAGUGUGAAGAAAGCUUUGUUGUCCAUUGUUGGCCAUGGAUCUGCAAGUAGAGCGUAUAGAAUAGGGCUCGAGUCAGGGUCGACGGAGAAACCUAAUGAGAAUAAAACUGAAAUGAAGGCUAAUAAAAAGAAGGGAAGAGUCAGGAAGCUGCCGUGUGGUUGCAGGAAGCUGAGAAAUUAAUAUCAGAAGCAAGAACUAACUAAGUAUGAAAAUACUGUACUCUCCAAAAAAUACUCUCUUAUUUAUUCACACAUUAAAUCCACUCUGCCUUGAAAUAAUUGUAAAUUAAAGUUAUUUUUGCUUGCCCUCAGAAAAAAAAAAUGUUAAUUUAUAUCCAAAAACUUCAGGGUUGCAUAUCGAAUUAAAUUCUAAACUUAGUAUAAUUAAUUUACACUCUCA